UGUGCCGGUCAGCUCGCACGUGCGUGUGUGUGUGUGUGUGCGCGCAUGAUGCGUGGUGCUACGCGCAUUCGGUGAAAUCCAGUAAAACCGUCGUUCCGUUCGCACGGGGAGCCGCCGGGUUUUGUUGCCGGACCUGUUGUGGCGGCGCAUCGUCGAGGGUUCCCCCCUGCGUCCGCGCGUACUGACAACGCACGGCCGCGCAUACGACGUAACCGGGGAAGCGCCGAGCUUUCCGCGACACCACCGAUCGCGCCGCGGUCGAAUCCGCGCCGUCGCUUUAACGCCGUAUCCGCGUCGUUCCCGACGCUCGUGUUUGCCGCUCGUUGUGGACGAGGCUGCCGUUUGUGGUGCGAACACUGGCCGAUAUUCAGGGACAAUUAACGGCCGGUCGCAGUCACCUGAUCCGCGCGGUUCCUACGUGAAUCCGCGAUCGCCGAUCGCUGAUAAGUCGCGGCUCCUGUGAUAAGCGUCACGUGAAAUCCUCUCCCCCUGUGACGUUUCGGAGUAAACGGUAAACCACCCGUGUGUAAACCUCGCGCGCGCGAGACAGUGCAGUGCCGUUGCACGUCAACGUCAUUGUUUAUCCCGGGCGCGUGUUUCGCUUCGCUCCCGUGUCGUCUCCCGCCAGGAGACGCAACUCCGCUGCGGCCGCGUCGAGCGAAACGAGCGAGAGAACUCGCGCACGAGGAGGCCCGUUUCGCGUCGGACCGCGCGCGCCACGGUUCCCCGCGAGCCUCCGACACGGCGUAGCCCGAGCGUGUUCGCGCCGUUAUUUACAAACCGCGUCGUAUAACCUGUCGCGGCGGCUUUGUGUACGCGUUCCGUCAAAACCCGUAGGUGUGUGUAUGUGUGUCCAGCACGCACAUUUUCAGAAUCCCUGUUAUCUGAUAGUAAUAUCUCGUACGAUAAUUAAUCGGCGGCACCAAUGCGACGAGCUCUCACCGCGAAACAAAGAUCUGAAAAAUCCCUCUUUGUAUCUUACUGCUGCUUGAAUGUCGUGUGUGUAUAUGUGUGUGUGUGUGUGUGUGUGUGGUAAAGCAUAUAUAAAUGAUAUUGUAAAAAUUGUUAUAUUUAAACAUGGUUGUUUGCUCUGAACCGUCAUUUUCACCAUAACUGCUCGGCUUACGUGGGUUUUAGCAAACGCCUUGGGAACUUUUGUGUGCCGAUUCAAUUUUCAAUUGUCGCGUAAGACACAAUGUCCGUUUACUUUAUAUAGUACAAACUCCUGUAAAUUGUGUCAAUAAAACAUUGCCUGUGUCACUAAUUGAAUCCCGACUGGGUGAAACUUGUUAUUUAAUCUAAGAAACUGAAAACUGUCUUUCUAGGCUUUUCUCUCUUAAGAUUAUUUAAGCAAGUUCGCAAAGCAAACUAUCAUCGCCAAGCAACUAUAACUAUGCUAUAACGUGUACCGUAGAGUUACAAGUCUUUCGGAACAGUAAUAAUAACAAAGUCGUUAAUACUCGAUUUGCGAGACGUCAUGAAAGUGAAAACAUUGUAAAUGAAAACUUUUAGACUUGCUGUACCUAAAUGGAAGUAUUAAGGAUCAACUUUAAACAGUGUCAUUAAGAAUGGAUCACAUACAGGAAGUGCGGCAGCUGGAAUUGCUAUGCAAGCAAUUAUAUGAGUCCCAAGAUUCGGCGCAUCGUGCAGAGGCGGAGAAGGCCCUCGUCGCUUUUCAAAAUGCACCCGAUACGCUUACAAAGUGCCAGCUUCUCUUGGACCGCGGAGAUUCUGCGUACGCUCAAUUACUGGCCGCCACCACCUUGACAAAACUGAUAUCGCGUUCAGCGCAAGGACUCAGCUUACAACAGAGGCUUGAUAUACGAAAUUAUGUACUCAACUACUUAGCAACGCAACCAAAGUUACCGAAUUAUGUGAUACAGGCUUUGGUUACACUUUUUGCUAGGAUAUCAAAGCUUGGCUGGUUUGAUUCCGAUAAAGAAGAAUUUGUCUUCAGAAAUGUAGUCAGUGAUGUAACCAAGUUUCUUCAGGGGUCAGUAGAGCAUUGUAUGAUUGGGGUACAACUGCUUUCCCAAUUGACAUGUGAGAUGAAUCAAAUAUCGGACGCUGAUGCGAACAGAUCUCUGACAAAGCAUAGAAGAAUAGCGAGUAGUUUUAGAGACACGCAACUGUUUGAGAUAUUUAGGUUAUCCUGUACUUUAUUGAGUACAGCCCGUGAGAAUUGCAAAAGUUUAAACUUUAAUGAUGAGGCACAGCACGGCUUGAUAAGACAGCUGCUGAAGCUCGCACAAAACUGUUUGACAUUUGACUUUAUUGGCACAUCGACCGAUGAAAGCUCAGACGAUCUUAAUACAGUACAAAUCCCGACGAGCUGGCGACCUGCGUUUUUGGACUUCACUUCGUUGAAACUGUUUUUCGAUUUAUAUCACAGUUUACCUAAUACGUUAUCGUGUUUAGCAUUGUCAUGCUUGGUUCAGAUGGCAUCGGUCAGAAGAAGCCUAUUCUCCAAUGCUGAGAGAGCCAAGUUCCUGACGCACUUAGUUGGCGGCAUCAAGCAUAUACUGCAGAAUCCUCAAGGUCUCAGCGAUCCAGGAAACUAUCAUGAGUUUUGUAGAUUGUUAUCUCGGCUGAAGAGUAAUUUUCAGCUCGGCGAACUGGUCCUGGUGGAGGAUUAUCCCGAAGCAAUACAACUGAUCGCGAAGUUCACGAUACAGAGCCUGCAGAUGUGGCAGUUUGCGCCAAACAGUCUGCACUAUCUCUUGAUUCUCUGGCAGAGAAUGGUGGCCUCUAUGCCGUAUGUGAAAGCAGGCGAUCCGCACUUACUGAACACGUAUACACCGGAAGUCACGAACGCAUAUAUCACGUCGAGGCUUGAAUCGGUGGCGGUUGUCGUCCGAGAACGCCUGGAAGAUCCGUUGGACGACUUAGGAGUGGUGCAUCAUCAGUUAGAACUGAUAUCGAUCAUUGGUAGAUGCGAGUACCAGAAAACCUGUGCUCUUCUGGUUCAAUUGUUCGAUCAAGCAGCGAGAACGUAUCAGGAGCUGAUGGCACAGACGGCCUCCCCGACUCAGCAGAUUGACAUUGCAAUUCAGGAAGGACAACUUACAUGGCUUGUGUACAUCAUCGGCGCUGUUAUUAGCAGUAGAGCCGCAUUCAACAACAACGAGGAGUUUGAUGCCAUGGACGGGGAGUUGGUUUGCAGGGUGCUCCAAUUGAUGAAUUUAACUGACUCGAGACUCGCACAAGGUGGCUGUGAGAAAUUGGAACUGGCGAUGUUGAGCUUCUUUGAACACUUUCGAAAGAUUUAUGUGGGCGAUCAGGUCCAAAAGAACUCGAAAGUCUACAGGAGACUGUCUGAUGUACUAGGCCUUAAUGACGAGGCUAUGGUACUCAGCAUUUUUAUUCGAAAGAUAAUAACUAAUUUGAAGUACUGGGGUAGGAGCGAACAAAUUAUUUCAAAGACGCUGUUACUGCUAAAUGAUUUAUCCGUGGGGUAUAGUUGCGUUCGCAAGCUUGUGAAAUUAGAAGAAGUACAAUUUAUGCUCAACAAUCAUACGCGAGAACACUUUCCAUUCUUGGGAAACAACGUUGCUGUGACAGAGAUGCGCUGUAGAUCGAUGUUUUACACGUCUCUUGGUAGAUUAUUGAUGGUAGAUCUAGGCGAGGACGAAGAAAGAUUCCACACGUUUAUGUUGCCUCUCACAGGUGCAUUGGAGAGCCUCGGUCAAUUAAUGGGCGCUGCGGAUACACCCCUCUUCGCGGCAGAAGAAGCGAAGAAAGCGCUAAUUGGUCUGGCGCGCGAUCUUCGAGGUUUAGCUUUCGCAUUUAACACCAAGUCAUCUUACAUGAUGCUUUUUGAUUGGAUAUAUCCGCAUUACACGCCGAUUCUGUUACACGCUGUGGAGCUGUGGCAUCACGAGCCGCAAGUGACAACGCCCGUCCUAAAGCUAUUCGCUGAGUUAGUACAAAAUAGAAGUCAACGAUUGCAGUUCGAUGCGUCAUCCCCGAACGGUAUCCUGCUGUUCCGCGAGGCCAGCAAGAUAAUCUGUAGCUACGGCAACCAUAUACUGAACGUUGAAGUACCCAAGGAUCAGAUCUAUCCUCUGAAACUCAAAGGAAUAAGUAUAUGCUUUAGCAUGUUAAAGGCAGCCUUAUGUGGGAGUUACGUGAAUUUCGGAGUGUUUAGGCUAUACGGCGACGAGGCGCUGGAUAAUGCCCUCAACACGUUCGUCAAGCUGCUCCUUAGUAUUCCACAAAGUGAUCUCCUGCAUUAUCCGAAGCUGUCGUCAACGUAUUAUUUGUUGCUGGAAUGUCUGGCACAAGAUCAUAUGGUCUUUUUAUCUACUUUGGAACCUAGGGUUUUUCUGUAUAUCCUCUCCAGUAUCAGCGAAGGCCUUACAGCUCUAGGUGCGCUAAAAGACUCCUACACAGAUACUAUGGUCUGCACUGAAUGCUGUGCAACUCUUGAUCACAUUGUGACCUAUUUGUUUAAACAACUUUAUCAGAAAGGAAGGAAAAAUGCGGUUGUUCCAGGCGGUGGAGAAUUAUUUUUACAAGUUCUGAAGCAGCAUCCUGAAAUACUUCAACAAAUCCUAAGUACUGUUUUAAAUGUAAUAAUGUACGAGGACUGUAGGAAUCAAUGGAGCAUGUCUCGUCCUUUGUUAGGUCUUAUAUUGUUGAAUGAAGAAUACUUUAAUCAAUUAAGAGAAAAUAUUAUUAGAAGUCAACCAGUUGAUAAGCAAGCAGCGAUGGCACAGUGGUUUGAAAAUUUAAUGAACGGGAUAGAAAGAAAUUUACUCACAAAAAAUAGAGAUAGGUUUACACAAAAUUUAUCAAUUUUUAGAAGAGAAAUAAAUGACGCCCUAAAAGGACCUAAUAUAUCAAAUUCCGUCAGUGACAUGAUAACUUCGUAGUGAUACUGCUCUCUCUGAAUUAAACUCUUUUUAGGUUCUUGCCUGCCAAAUGCUUGAAUGUGUAUGCGAGUGGAACUCUAAAUUACGGUGAAAUUAUGGCAUUAGAGGAGUAUAAAGAUAAUAAAUACUACCGUUUUACAUAAAGCGUUACCGCUUGGCUUCCUAUUCUUUGUAACUCUUUUUAGCCGCUUCCUUAGCUGCCGCAUAUCAGUUUACACUUACACAACAACGAUGAAAUAAUCAUAAUUUAUUGUCUUUUUUUUAUACCGCACUUAUGAUUUUAGGCAUUAAAUGAUUUUAACGCUUGUUUUGUAGGGGUAAUCAGAAUAAAGUUAGAGUCCUUUUUUUUAUUACCUUUAUGUACUCGAACCUUCCUUAACCCCGUAAAAUUAGACGUAGAUUUGUACAUUUUGAUGUACAUAUUCGCAGCAAAAUUUUAUGUACAGAAUUCGCAAUAAAGUUAUACACUUUUAUAGCCAUACGAUAAAUAUAUGUUAUAUGGAUUUGUCAAAAAGUAUCGCAAUAUUUUUUAACUUGUACAUUUAACUGAUUUCUAUCGUAAUGAAGAUACACCGUUUGUUAAAAAUUUAAGAGAUUCUUAAGUACUUUUGAUAUAUAUAAUAAUUUAUUAAACAGUUUACAUUUUUUCGUAUCUAAUAAGGCAAAUGCGAAUAAAUGUAACAGAUAAUGAAUUAUUUCAAGUUAUUGUCCCCAAAAUGAGCUAUUUAGAAUCUUUUGUAAAGAACACAGUCUUAGAUAUUUUAUCGUAGAGAAAAAAAUUUAUUUAAAUUUAUUUAAAAUAUUGUUUCAUUCUAUGUCCUAAUUUUAUUACUAUCUCGGGAGAAAAGAAAACAGAAUCUAAAUAAUCUGACAAAUCUUAGUCGCUGUUUAUAAUUAGCUUUUUAAGUGCAUGUGCAUAUCCGUGUAUCGCGAUAAAGUUUCCAAUAUUAUGUACAAGUCUUAGAAUAGGAAGCCAGUAAUGUAAUUAUUUUCUUUUCACUUAUGACACAUUCAUUUCAUUUCGACGCGCAACGGACCAUCUAACUGUUUUAAGAAUAUUAAUUGAGCUGAGUAAGAGGAUGAUAUAUGCACAAAUAUGCAGUUUAAAGAGGGAAUCGUUUGCAUCAUUACAGAUUCUUGUAUUGGCAUGACAUUAUAUAGGAGAGAGAAAGAGAGAGACACACAGAGAGGAAGGAGGAGGGAGAAAGAAAACUAAAUGAGAGUAGAGACACCAUUACUUAAAAUUUAUUCGAGUAAAAAGUUACUGAGCUAUACUAUUCAGUGAGUUAAAUGAAUAAUGUGAACGAUGUACAUGAGGAUAUCAUUAAAUUUAUCAUACGACAAGACUCACUUAAGGGUAUACAGUUAUUAUUAUUAUUAUUAUUAUGUUAUUGACAUUUUUCACUUAAUCGAAAAGCAAAAUGGAUGAAUAAAAUAUAAAAUAGAUAUUACGAGAUGUUAAGUAACAUUCGCUAAUUUUACGAUAUACAGUAAUUUAAACAAGUGUCGAUUGUAUGUAAAGCAAACUGUCGCAUUUCGCGAACGGCAUUGUGUAACAGCAUUAUUUAACAGCAGCUAUUGUCUCAAUAGUGUCUACAUCACAAACAAACGGACUUCUAUAUUGAUCGACAUUCAGUAGUAACUGUCAAAAUGUUCAAA